AUGGAUAUCCCUUGUUAUAUUCGACUCGAGUUCUUCCCUAGUGUCUCUUCCGACUGUGUUCGUCGUGUUGAAUCGACGACGGAAUUAUCUAAUUCUACUUCUUCUGCUAAUGGUGGGACUGGCUAUGUGGAUAAAUCUGGUUCCUCUACAGCCGACCCGACUUCCUAUUUCCAAGUUCUAAUUCGAGAAAUCGACAAUCCAUCUGGCAGCUUAUUGGAUGGAACUCUUUGUACUCCUUUCGAAUUCACUGGUUUCGGAUGUAACACCCUGCUUACUGGCGGAGUUGCUGUAGGAUGGUGGUAUGGAAGUUGCGGUAACAAUCUCAAUGGAUUCAUGUACCCAAGUACUAAUUUGGAUUAUUUUGUUAAAAAAUUCGACUCAACACUCCUGCUCGGUAUCAAUAUGAGAACAACUAAUGGACAAGCUAAGGGUGGUUAUGACGUGGAAUUAUUUAAUAUAGCCAAUUGCUCUAAUCCUACUGUAUUUAUUCCAUCUAUUCUACUGGAAAAGGAGAAAUUUGCCACCAGAUCGCAAUACGGACCGGUGUACACAUUUUGGAUGUCCUCCCUUCCCAUGGUUUUUGUGACCGACUGGAAAUUAAUCAAGCAACAUUUUAUUAAGGAUGGAGCGAACUUUGUGGGAAGACCAGAGUUUCCAAUUAAUAUGGAAAUCAGGAAAGGACCCUACGGUAUAAUUGAUUCUUUUGGAAAUCGAUGGGUCCAGCAAAGAAGAUAUGCUAUUCAUAUUCUAAGAGAUUUUGGAUUGGGGAAGAACUUGAUGGAGGAGAAAGUUCUGAGUGAAGUGGUUGCGAUGAUUGAAAGAUUGAAAGGAAUGAAGGAUGAUGUGGAUAUGCAGAGUAUUUUCGAUGCAUCUGUUGGGUCGAUUAUCAAUAAUUUGAUGUUUGGAUAUCGGUUUGAUGAGAGUAACAUGCAUGAGUUUCUGGAACUCAAGAAGCGAAUGAAUAAACAUUUCAAAAUGGCAGCGGAGCCAAUGGCAGGACUUGUCGGAAUGUAUCCAUGGCUAGGAAAUUUCCCGUUUUUCAAGCCGUAUAAGACAGUAAUUGUCGAUAACUGGACAAGUAUGCUGAAAAUGUUCCGCGAGCAAGCAGAAGAGAAAUUGGCGACGAUUGACUAUGAUUCAGAUGAAUAUUCGGAUUAUGUUGAGGCAUUUCUCAAAGAGAGAAAGAAACACGAACAUGAGGAGGGAUUCGGGGGGUUCGAAAUGGAACAACUGGAUAGUGUGUGUUUUGAUUUAUGGGUGGCUGGAAUGGAAACAACUUCAAAUACUCUCUAUUGGUCACUUUUAUAUGUUCUUCUGAAUCCAAAAGUACUUGAGAAAGUAUAUGAAGAAUUGGAUACAAAGAUUGGAAGUGAUCGGAUUAUUACAACUACAGAUCGGCCGAAUCUCAAUUAUAUCAAUGCGACUAUUAAUGAAACCCAACGUCUUGCCAACCUUCUUCCAAUGAAUCUGCCCCACGCAACGAGCGCCGACGUGGUUAUCGCUGGCUACAGUAUCCCCAAAGAUACAGUAAUCAUUCCACAAAUCAGUUCAGUUAUGUAUGAUCCUGAGAUAUUCCCAGAACCAUAUGAAUUCCGACCGGAGAGAUUUCUGGAGAGUGAUGGAAGUCUGAAGAAAGUGGAAGAACUCGUACCGUUUUCAAUCGGAAAACGACAAUGUCUUGGAGAAGGACUCGCUCGAAUGGAAUUAUUCUAG